CUGAGGUCUUGCCCGCGCUGGGGUUCUCACGGAGAAUCAUUCCCCUUUCUCUCUGAAUUGCUUUUGGAGUGGAUUUCUGUACAUGGCCUUGGUACUUCGGUUCAGGCAGCCCGUCGGGGCCCAGCCUCUGCCAGGACUCUGCCAAGGCGAGCUCAUUCGGACAAACGCAUGUGACGUGUGCAACAGCACCGAUCUUCCGGAAGUCGAGAUCAUCAGCCUGCUGGAGGAGCAGCUGCCCCAUUAUAAGUUAAGAGCCGACACCAUCUACGGUUAUGACCACGACGACUGGCUCCAUACACCCCUCAUUUCUCCAGAUGCCAACAUUGACCUCACAACCGAGCAAAUCGAAGAGACGCUGAAGUACUUCCUUUUAUGUGCUGAAAGAGUUGGCCAGAUGACUAAGACAUAUAAUGACAUAGAUGCUGUCACUCGGCUUCUUGAGGAGAAAGAGCGGGAUUUAGAACUGGCUGCUCGGAUCGGCCAGUCGUUGUUGAAGAAGAACAAGACACUAACGGAGAGGAACGAGCUGUUGGAGGAGCAGGUGGAACACAUCAGGGAGGAGGUGUCUCAGCUCCGGCAUGAGCUGUCCAUGAAGGAUGAGCUGCUUCAGUUCUACACCAGCGCCGCGGAAGAGAGCGAGCCUGAGUCCGUGUGCUCCACCCCGUUGAAGAGGAAUGAGUCAUCCUCCUCCGUCCAGAAUUACUUCCAUCUAGAUUCUCUUCAGAAGAAGCUGAAGGACCUCGAAGAGGAGAACGUCGUACUUCGAUCGGAGGCCUGCCAGCUGAAGACAGAGACCAUCACCUACGAAGAGAAGGAACAGCAGCUGGUCAACGACUGCGUGAAGGAACUGAGGGACGCCAACGUGCAGAUCGCCAGUAUCUCAGAGGAGCUGGCCAAGAAGACUGAGGAUGCUGCCCGCCAGCAGGAGGAGAUCACACACCUGCUGUCGCAGAUAGUCGACUUGCAGAAGAAGGCAAAAUCUUGCGCGGUGGAAAAUGAAGAGCUGGUCCAGCACCUGGGGGCCGCUAAGGAUGCCCAGCGGCAGCUCACGGCCGAGCUGCGCGAGCUGGAGGACAAGUACGCCGAGUGCAUGGAGAUGCUUCACGAGGCACAGGAGGAGCUCAAGAACCUCCGCAACAAGACCGUGCCCAACACCACAUCCCGGCGCUACCACUCGCUUGGGCUGUUCCCCAUGGACUCCUUGGCAGCGGAGAUCGAGGGGACGAUGCGGAAGGAGCUGCAGCUGGAAGAGCCUGAGUCUCCGGACAUCGCGCACCAGAAGCGAGUCUUUGAGACGGUGAGAAACAUCAACCAGGUCGUCAAGCAGAGGUCUCUGACCCCAUCCCCCAUGAACAUCCCAGGCUCCAACCAGUCCUCAGCCGUGAACUCCCUCCUCUCCAGCUGCGUCAGCACCCCCCGGUCCAGCUUCUACGGUAGUGAUGUUGGCAACGUUGUCCUGGACAACAAGACCAACAGCAUCAUCCUGGAAGCAGAGUCCGAGGACCUGGGGAACGACGAGCGGAGCAAGAAGCCCGGGACGCCGGGCACUCCGGGCUCCCACGACCUGGAGACUGCGCUGCGGAGGCUGUCCCUCCGCCGGGAGAACUACCUCUCGGAGCGGAGGUUCUUCGAGGAGGAGCAGGAGCGGAAGCUCAGGGAGCUGGCGGAGAAGGGCGAGCUGCUCAGCGGCUCCCUCACGCCCACGGAGAGCAUCAUGUCCCUCGGCACCCACUCGCGCUUCUCCGAGUUCACCGGCUUCUCGGGCAUGUCCUUCAGCAGCCGCUCCUACCUGCCUGAGAAACUCCAGAUCGUGAAGCCGCUGGAAGGCUCUGCCACCCUUCACCACUGGCAGCAGUUGGCCCAGCCCCACCUAGGGGGCAUCCUGGACCCCCGGCCCGGUGUGGUCACCAAGGGCUUCCGGACACUGGACGUUGACCUGGAUGAAGUGUACUGCCUUAAUGACUUUGAGGAAGAUGACACAGGUGACCACAUUUCCCUCCCGGGCCUAGCUACCUCCACGCCAGUUCAGCACCCAGAGACCUCAGGUAUUUAUGUGGAGGGAAGAGCCAACAUGUGGGAAAGGAUUAAGAUCAGAGUUUUGAAGUCUUACAGUUACAUUGGUAGAUGGUUGGUUGGACAGUGUAGUUGAAUUAUUUUGGAUGCCAUCCAGGAUCCUUCAAGGAAAGAAAGAAGUAGGAUUAGCGCAACAUAGAAGAAAGUGAAGGUCAGUUUAUUUUUAUAGUCCUACCCAUGAAGGCCACUCAUGUGGGGGAAAACCUGGAAGGAGGUUCGUAGCAAUCACGACUGCCUGUCUGGCAGCAGCCCCACAGUAGAGCUGUGUCUUCAUUGGGGCAGGUGCAAAAGUAAGUGUUGAAGGCAAAAAUCACAUUUGGUCAAACAGCCCUUGAAAAAUCCCCUGAAGGUGCAGCAUAUGGACUUGCUCUCUCCCCUCCCCAACCCUGCCCCAAGCAUAGCUGGCAAAGGCCAGGAAUUAACUUCUGUAGCGACCUUGCUUGGUACAUAGGUCCAGGUUCUGUUCAGGAGCAGCUACUGAGUGAGGCAAGAGAAGGAAGAGCUCAUGGAGGAAGGGAGCCAGAGCCCCAGUGGGGCCAGCGGAGUAUUUCUGCAGUGCCUGGGCCGGCCAGGAGCAGGUUGGCGCAGUCUCGCAGCCACGCCCUCUCCUUUCUGUCCCAAGACCCAAGCGGGGCGCGAUGGGUCUGGAAGGCAAUCUCCGAUUCCCAGACCCUCAGGUGUGGGAAAGGUUCGCGUUUAUCUCCACGGAGAGAGUGGACCGCGCGUUCCCACCCUGAUGGGAAGACGUUCCAACCAGCCCUCGUCCUGCAGCUGUGACAAGAGUUGCACAGGCAGAUGGUCGGCUCACCCACCUGUGUUAGGCGAUGCUAAGGAAGGCCCCGUGCUCUUGCCUUGGGAUACCUAUAAAACUAGUGCAUGAAACAGGCCUACUGUUUCAUGAAAACUAGUGCAUGAAACAGGCGACCUGGAAGUGGAAAAAUGAAUGAAAAGAGGUCGUUGACUCCUUCCAGACCAACAGCUGGAAUCAACCCCGCUUACAAUGUCCUGAACAAGCUUGCUCUUUGCGAGCGCUCUCUCGAUGGCAGCAUCAUCUCUGAAGACCACAGGAGGGCGCUCCCGUGCUCCAGGAGCACUCCCAUGGACCGCAGAGGACAGUGCGCAGGCGGACACUUCUCCGCGGAGGAGGGAGCGCUGCAGUGGGUGUCGGUGGCGGGAUGAGCGGUCCAGCAGCACCGCCAAGAGGCGGGCGGGGGAAGCGCGCUCCUGAAGUGGCUUGGAUGGGUCUCGAGCAGCGGUGGGUCUCCGGUGCAGCUUGGCCAGACCAGCUACCACGCCGGUGGACGUCUGCCACAGGAGGGACAAGAGGACAGGGUGUAGGGUCCAGCUUUGUUGGCAGCCACAGGAUCCAAAGAGACUUUUGCAUUAUGUCCCUUUGACAUUUUAACCACAUUAAAAAAAAAAAAUCUUUCUUCAGAACGUAUUUCAGGGGCCACUUGUGGAGAAUUUCUGCCCCUCUCUGCAUGACACUGUUAGAGUGUUCAUCUGUUAAAUCACAUACUUCUUAGAUGAAACAGGGAGUAGACAGCUUGGCACAGUGGGCAAAAUUGACUUUUAAUUGUUUUAAUUUUGUAGGAACAAAAAAUAAGUUGUGUGGAAACCAGAAGAAGAUCUUGUGUAGUUCACAAAUGUGUGAUAGAAUCCUCCCAGGGCCUGCAGGCCCAGGUCUGCAUCAGGGACUCGGGGGUCCCUGUUGAGCUGUAGGAGCAGACGAGAGCCAUAUUGAAGAAAUGCUUAAGAGGCAGAGAACGAGAGUGAGCAGGUCCAUGUUAAGCCUGGAUCUAAGGGCUUAAGAAAUGUUGCACUUCUGCAACAUUAUUUGGCUUAAAAUCACUUUUAUUUUUUUGUUUUUUUAAAGGGUGAAAACAACAGUAUUGUAUUUAGAAACUUUUGGCUUCCAUCCCCCAGAGAAAAACUCUUAUUAGAGACACAUGAAGCCCAGACACAUAUUUUUUUUUCAGACACAAUAUUGAUAUUAAUGAUGAGGCACAGGGUACACAAAGGCAUUAUGAAGCUUUUCCCACAUGCACUCAUCAUGGAACUCCCCUCCCCCACCGAAAAUUUCAUGGGCAGAGUAUAAGGAACUGACAGGAAAAGUCUUUAAAGCAUUUUCCUGUAUCCUCACAUUUUAGUCUUUCAGGAAGAAUUCAGAAGCCUUGCUUUUGCCUUUUUUAAAAAAUGGGAAAGUAACUGACAGGCAAAGACACCCCCCCCCCCCCGCCCCCAAUAUGCUUACUCUUUGAACAAAAAGUAACAAAGUUGUUAGAAGCUAGUCAAAAGGUCAUGACAAAAAGACAAAAGGUAUGGAUGCUCUUAGUUCAAGUCACAAUCUUAAACUGGAUGGACAGUGGCUUCUGUUUUCAGUGGGUUUGGUUUGGCUUGGAUAGAAAAGGCCAGCCUAUGGGUGCCACUGUUGAUGUGGUGGAAGCUUCUGGAACCUUAGGGGGCAGGGUGGGGGGGAGAGAGAGAAGAUGCGUCCGUGUGUGUGUGCGCGCGCGCCAAUGAGUUCAUAGAAAUUGCAAAGCAGAUCUAAAUCAUGUGACCUCAGCUUCACCCUAGGUGUUUAAGUUAAGAAGAGGAAAUUGUCAGGCAUUUUGUUCAUUUUACACAGGUUUGGCCACUUCCCAUGAAAAAGGGGAAAGAGACUGUGGGAAACGUUCAGUGCAUCACAAAGACAGUCCUCUUUUUCCAAGAUUUAGAGAGGCGUUUGUAAUUUUGACUUUCAAGAAGUUGUUUAUGUUAGCAAAAAACAUAGCCUGUGUGUGUGGUGUGGCCAGGUUUCUCCAUCUUCAGAGAGCCCCUUUGAAGCAGCCUCGCAUGGGUGUGUAUUUUGCAACUUCGCUAGAAAUCUCCAGGUGCAGACAUACUCUUUGGCAUCUGUGUGGGUCACAUUAGGGCUCUUUCAAGGACUAGGUGCCAUGCUGGCUUUUACUGGGGCGAGUUUCUGUUCUCCCUUUCCCUGUGGAUGGGGGAUGGAACGUGCCAUUGGGAUUGACUGCGAUGGAUGAGUUGGUGUAUCUGAAUCACAUCAUGUGGACGGGAGAGGCUGGUAGUUUCCGUCAGGCUUCAGGUCCUCACCAGAGCAACCCCACCUUGUCUGUGCUCCCUUUUCUCUCCUCACAAUUAGAGCAGGGGGCCCUGCAGUCAUCCAGAUCUGCAUAGCACACUUGCAGAUAACCCCCAGUAUAGUCUCAGGGCCAUCCAGGGAGGCAGCCCCAGCUCUCUGGAGACUGUGGGCCCCGUCAGGGCACCUCCAUGACUGGCUGCAGCAGCAGCAUUCCAGGCACCCAGUUUCCAAUCAGUACUGAGCACCCUGCGCCUGCCAGAGGAGCAUAGCCCAUCAGAACCAUUUACCAAGUGCACCUGCCCCAGGCAGAACAUGCACAGGGUCUGCUCAGAGAGCAAGCGAGCAGGGUGACCCUUGUCCUUCAAAAGCCUUCCUAUGCCCUAGCCUGCAGCUAGCUGAAGGGGUGUGCCUGUGUGUGCUGUGUUCAGAAAAAAAACAAAAAACGACUGCAUGCUAGGCACCUGUAUGUAGUUCACCAACACAGAAGAUCUUGAAUAAUCAAGGAUUAACUAAAUUUAUAGGUUCUUGUCGAUAGAUUCGGAUUUUGUACUAGUGUCAGAACCAGACAAAAAUAAUGUAGAAUUAAAAAAUAAUAUUAAAAAAAAUUUUUUUUAAAU